AAUAAACGGCGCUAGUGUCUGUCAAGUGUCACAGCCGUUCCCGUCGGCCGAACAGUGUUGCGAGACUCGAAUCGGUGAUUUAAUUAGGAAUAACGUACCACUUUUUUUUUAGUAAAAUUGUGAAACUUUAAGCAAUAAUGACCGACAAGAAAGAUGCAGGAGCCACACAAUUACGAAUGAGAUUGCGCACAAACGCCCCGUAUCCGGUGGCACCGCAUCCACCGACUGGCUUUGUCCCCGCGCCAACGCAGCCCCCGACCUACGGUGUUGCAGGCGCCGCGCCCUACGGAGUGUUUCCCAAUCAGCCGCAGCUAUAUGCGACACAAGGUCCACCGCCACCGACGUACGAUCAGACUCUUACGCAUCCGAUGAUGUAUCAGCCGAUGUACGGACAGGGAUAUCCUGGUGGAUACUUGGCGGGCUAUCCCACUGCAUACGGGCCACUGCAAUAUUAUCCGCCGUUGGCUGCAGCAGCAGCAUAUUAUCCUGCGGCUGCUAUGCAGCCUGCUCCUGUAAGGCCCACUAUUAUGGUACCUAACGGUUUCGACGGUACUCGCUUCGACGGAAUCUCGCAGCCAGUGCUGCCGCCACCACCGCCCGGGGUGGCCGCGAACGCCGCGCAAUUGGCCGCGAUGGCCGGCCACAGCGUGGCCCUGUCGCAAAAGAAGGGCUCGUUCCUGGGAGGAGGAACGGAUGGAGGUUAUGCCUUUUGGUAAACCACCUACCACCUUUCGUAACACAUAUAUAUACACACACACACAUACAUGAAUACGUAACAGUACACACGCACCAUACACACACACACACACACACACACACACCGCAACACUCAGAUUCACAUACCACACACUCAGAUACCCAACAUUAAAAGUCUGUCGGAGGCGCUGUGUCGUGACGACGAGAUCAUGUAGAAAAAUUUCCGUUAGAGCUCUGCUUUCCUCGCCACUGCCGGAGGGCAGCUCGUCGAUAUUCAUUAUAGUAUAUACCGUGUGCGCGGACCGAUCACACACAACCUAUGCUCAUAUACUACAUACAUCGAUACAAAGAGCGACACAUACACACACGCAUACAUUAUACAUACGCCUACGCACACGCAUUUACACAUGAUACUAAGGCAGCAACCGUGAGAGUUCCCACGCGAUUCACAUACGGCGAUAUUUGCGAUCGAUAGAAGCGAUCCAAUGAUCUCAAGGACACCGCCGCCGUCUUGGUGAUCGAUCUGCGCAUCUCAUGUACUGUUGAACUGCAGAGAAUCGUCCCGGUCGAGGAAGACUCGGACACGACACGCUCGUCGAACAUCCCCGAAAGUUAAUUCCUUGAAUGCUCAUCGUCCUGCGGGGAAGUUGGGAGAGCGAAAGAGCUGCGCGAGUUUUCCGGAUUAAAAAUCCAAAAAACUCUGAAUGAGCCAAAGGAUCCGCGCGAUAUUGAAAAGUUAAUAAAAUAAAUAUCCGCUCGAAUUCAUGAAUCCGAGGUGUGUCGAGACUUGAUUCAAAUACCGCGAUCAUAACUCCCAAGAAUUAGAAUAACUGAAGAAGCGUUUAGAUUGCAAGCUUUAAUUGAAUUAUAUAUUGAGAUAUAUAUAUUGAAUUAUUUGAAAGAAUAAGAUAGCGACUAAUUGAGACGAGGGUUCAAGCCUUCCAGGAUUUAGGAUACCAAGAGGUUCAAAGAAAAGAUGCCAACUAAAUUACCUCAACUUUAAUCAUCGAUCACAUAUUUUCGAUACGAUACACAGAAUGAAGGAGAUCCAUCGAUGUAAGUGCCCGAGGAUUCAUGUUUUCUGCAACCUACGAUUUUAAGGGUUAACAGUAUCGAAGGACCCCAAGGCUCAAAGCAGCCGACAUGUAUCUCCCACGAAAAACGGUUAUUGCAAAAAAACGUUAUUGUGAAAGAUUAGUUCGAUCAACGAGAGGCAGGUUGCCAUUGACAAGGAACGACACUGUCGUUGUGCUUACGGAGGCAGGAAGAACAGAA